AUUCAGUCUUUGACGACGCGCGCAUUGAAACGGAUGGUCAGUUGCGGACGCUGUAACGCUUUCUGUGUCUCCAUUAUCAGUGGUAAACGACGUUGCUCUGUGCUAGCCAAAAUUACCGUUUCGGUUCUAGCAAAACUGCUUCGGCCCCGUCUCAUCGUGAUGGCCAUAACUGUGUAACUGUGAGUGUUUGUGUGCAUUUGUGCGUGUGAGCGACCGUUUGACGGUUUGAUUUGAAUUUCGGGAAUCGUCAUACAAAGAUGCUGAUGCCGAUCGGAGAAGCAGCUCAAGCAAAGCAAAACGAAAAGCGAGCUAAGCGCAUUGCCCGAUAAAUAAACCGAGCUUAGAAACGGAACCAAAGCACGUUCAGCGGCUGUGUCUUCUGUCUCUGUCACUCUAUCUCCCGCUCAGUGUAUGUGCGUACGCGUGUGCCCCUGUGUGAGUGCUGUGCAUGUGUGCGUGAGUGCCUAACAAUUAAUUUGCAUUUGAAUCGCAUUUAAUCUGCGAUCCAAUCAAGGGCCAAACAGAAAAGGAGAGAGAUAGAAAAAGAAAAACAAAAAAUUCUGCAGAUUCGCCAACACGCAAAAUAAAAGGAGAAAAAAAAAAACAAAAUAGACCCCAAGUAAAUACGCAUAAAAAAAGGAUUUGCCAAAUAGAAUUAACAAAAUCAACAAAAUGUUUGCCUGCUUGCAUUUGCUCUACGUGGCGUUCUACGUCGUCGGCUCUCUAAUAGAUUUUACGGCCGGACUGCGUCUGGUCGAGGUGCGCAUACCAAACUAUGUGAUUAAGGGCGCCACCGCCCAGCUGGAGUGCCUCUACGAUUUGGAUGGCGAGGCGCUUUACUCGGUCAAAUGGUACAAGGAUGGCAAUGAGUUUUACCGCUAUGUGCCCAGGGAUAAUCCGCCGGCGCAAACAUUUCGCCUGCCAGGUGUUGCUGUUGAUCUGCACAACUCGAGCGAUGCGAUUGUUAACCUGCACAACGUCAAUCUGCAGUCGGCUGGCCGCUUCCGCUGCGAGGUUUCCGGCGAGGCGCCAUCCUUCCAAACGGUCACCGAGCAUGGCGACAUGGUUGUUGUGUCUCUGCCCGAUCAGGGACCACCGAAAAUAAUUGGAGGACGUCCGCGUUACCAAAUCGGCGACUGGGUGCGCAUCAACUGCACCGCCGGCCGCUCCAAGCCGGCCGUCAAUCUUACCUGGUAUGUGAACGGUGAGCCGGCCGAGCCCCAGAAGCUGCGCAAAUUCGAGACGAUUGUAUCGGGCCGCGAGGGCCUGGAGACCUCAGUGCUGGGCCUGCAGUUUCGCGUGGAGCAACAUCAUUUUCGCAACGGCGACAUGAAGCUGAAGUGUGUGGCUGCUCUCUCGUCGUUCUACUGGCGCAGCAACGAGGAGUCCGUGGAGGGCGAUCGGCCGCAGAAGGCGCCGGUCCUGGAGUCGCGAGAGAGCGACAGCGCCUUCGCCAGCAACUCGCGCGCCGAUCCGGUGCAAGGUAUGUCAUACCGGGAAAUAUUUGUUACCAAAAUCUUAUCGCUUUUUCUUCAACCAAAUGCAGCCAGCAAUACGGACUCGCUCCUAAUGGCCCGGGCGCCCAAUGCUCUGCUGCUGCUGGCGCUGGCCCUGGCUGCCACCUUAGCGGGCGGCAGCCUCCACUCCAACUGGCCGGCGUUCAGGCACAGCAAGGCUGGGUUCGGUCCGCGGGUCCGCGUGCAUCGAGCUUCGAUAAAUGUUGUUAGGCCAGAGCCAGAGCAAGGCAAUGAUAAGCCCAAUGAUAAGCUCGUAGCGCAAUUCAUUCAUGUUGAGCAAACGCUUCAAGAUUCUCUCUCAGCAGCGCAGCGUCGGCAGUUGCUGCUGACUGCGCGGUAGCUGCAUUAAGUUAGCCUUGCCUAUGCCCCGCCCAUUUUUUCCACUGAAUUUUCCGUCUUCGCUUCGCAGAAAAUGAAAAUCAAAAGCAUGAAAAAAAU